AUGGGAAAACCUGUACGAUUUGGCUACCGGAAUUGGGCUGCAACAAGUUCAGAUGGCUACUGCCACACUUUCGACAUAUAUUUUGGAAAAUCUACAGAAGUGUCGAUAGACCCACUGGGCUCGAGAGUGGUAAAAUCCCUAUUAACAAAGAUGCCGAUAGUCCCAAAAGAGCAUGUCGUACACUUUGAUAAUUUUUUUACCAAUUAUCAGUUACUCCACGACUUGCGACUCUUAGGGUACAGAGCCACAGGAACAAUACGAGAAAAUACAACAAAAAGUUGUCCUGUGGCUGAUGUAAAAACAAUGAAAAAGAAACCAAGGGCGGAUUACGACCAUAGUUUCGAUACCAAAAAUGAAAUAACAAUCGUGCGGUGGAAAGAGAACAACGUGGUCACGAUGGGAUCAAAUUUUGACGCUGUAGAACCACUGGGGAAGGUGAAAAGGUGGUUUAGUAUACAGAAACAAAAAGUGGAUGUAUAUAUUCCAAGAUUGUUUGUCAAUUAUAACAGAGGCAUGGGUGGAGUAGAUCAGAUGGAUCAAUCGAUUAGUCUCUAUCGAGUAGCCAUAAAAGGAAAAAAAUUGGUGGUGGGUAAUCUUUACCUACCAUUUAGAUAUGGCGAUUUCAAAUGCUUGGCGUCUGCAUGUCUUGAUCAGCAAAACUACUGA